AUGGCAGAGCAUCUGAGAAGACUUGAAAACGCGCUGAAAAAGAUAAGGAUAGACUUCCCAGGGAUACUGGUGGAGAACUAUGCCGCAGGCCCUGUGAUACAGAGCAUAUUAUCGUCAGAAAAAACACAGGAUGAGUUUGAAAAUGUGUACAGGAUGCUCACCGCAGGCAUAGAGCCGCUAAUAGAAGAAAAUACAGAGCAGCUGAAAGACUCAGCUAUUUGCUACCACAAGGUGCACAAAGAAGUGAUAGCUGCGGCAAACAGCAUCUCCGAGGCAGAGUCAUACCUCAGCUCUCUUGUCUCGGCUCUUAAGGCAGAUAAUGUCUCGCAGUAUCUAGAGGAGCUAAAGGAGGAGCAGAGCAGGCAUGAAGAAGAGAUGAAAGAGUCAGAAACAAAGCAGGCCCUGGCGGUGGAUACGCUGUCGAUCAAGGACAUAUAUUCAGGCAGACUGUCUGGCAUAAUGAACAACCUGCAGUACGUAGCAGAAAAAACAGCUAGGUCAGAAAUAAAGUACCAGACAGAGAACGCGCUUUGGCGAAUAAAGAAGGAAAUUGAGAAAAGAGUGAAAGAGAGCUUAAGGGGAAGAGGAGAGAUCACGCAGAUGGAUGUGACAGUGCUUAGGAAAAUAUCAGGAUGCUCGCUGGUUGCAGUGCAUGAAGCCGUUGAUUCGCUAAUGAUCGAAAUAAUCAAUAAAAUAUCAAACGACCUGAGAAAGUCCAUAAACAAAAAAGAGAGCUACACAAAGGAGGAAGAAGCGCACUCUAUCUCUCGAGCCCUGCUGCAGUUUUCAAAUAGCGUGUCUGAUCUUCUGCACAGAGUGCACAGCAUUCUUCGAAAAGAAAAAGAAGAGGAGGAGACUCUCAGUAGAAAAUACAGGUACAGCCCAGAGCUGUACGAGAACAUCAAGCUAAACAGAGAAAAGCCGUACAAAUCAGCGCAGAUAAGCCUACCGCUGUACGAAUCUGCAGUGACAGAGAAAGAGAUAUUUGAUAAGAUAGUGGAAUGGGUGCAAAAGUUCUUCAAAAGACUUAUAGGAAACAGUGAACACAUCUCGGGUGACAGCGCAAGCUACAACAUAGAGAAGAUCAAUAGGACAGAUGGAGCAAAUAUGCUGUACAAAGAGCUCUAUGUGAACAAGUACGGUGAGCUCUCUGCCUCGGAGGAGAGCACCUGUGCAUCAGUCUCUGUUAUGAAUGUGUAUUCUGUUAAGUCAGAAGAGUCUAUACUCAUUAUACACGGAUGCUCACUGGAGAUCUCAUCAGCUCUAAGAGAGGUACUGGCCAGUGUGCUUCCUGAGCACGUUAACCUGUCUGAAAAGGUGAAGGAUCUCGAAAUAUCGCGGUGUUUCAAGAACAAACGCAAGUCUCUGCUUGCUCUAGUCGAGAGAGCAACCUCCCAGGUGUCUUUAGACCACACAUCAACGUUCUUGCAGAAGUACUGCAUAAAAGUAAAAGAAAUACUAAUUGCACUUGGCAGACUUAUUUCUGUGCCGGUGCAUGGUCUUGACGCAGAGAUAGUAAAAACGAUAGAAGAAGUGCUGGAGAAGAUGCUGCCCUCGCUGAAUGAGGUCUUCAGGGUGGUUGCUCGUCUGCCAAGUGGUGAACCCAAAGAUAUUCAGUACUAUGACAAGUCACUUACAUCGCAGGAAAUAGAGAGAUGGAAUAAUCCGUUGAAAGAGAGUGCGCUGGGCCCUUCCAUAUUCUCUGCCUGCACAAGCAAAAAGUUCAGUGCUAUUUCAGAGCUCAUGCAGAUACCAGAAGAAAUAGUCUUUUUAGUGCAGAGAAUGAUAUCCACGCUGGACAAUGCUCCGCAGAGAAACAACAGAAUUAAAGCAAAUAACGAAGAAAAAACUGAACAGAAAAACAUCCCAACAAGGCUCACAGAAAUAAAAACAGAAGCCAGUGAUCUAUCGCAUAGAGUGUUUGGCCACUUUACUUCGCAUUUGCUUGCUCUGGCCCAGACAACGCUGGAACAGCUGCUGAUUAAAGGCGAUAUUCUAGACAGGAAGCUGUGCCACUUCUUGGAGCAGGAUGUGUUCUUAGUUAGGGAGAGCAAACACGUGCUGCUAGAGUAUAUAACAACCCAUCUUCUCCUGAACAUAGAAAAGUGUGUAGAAUACGCUGAAAAUCCUGUAUUCAGGCAGCUGGUGUCUGGACUGCAGCACCAACUUGUGCAGGACAUUCCGGUAGAGUCUGAUGUUCGCGUAAAGUACUCACCGAUGAACAUUUUCUACAUAAUCCCGUACUGCGUGAAGAAGGACAAAGUCUUUUUCUCAGGAGCCCUUGGAAUGUACAUGGAGAGCAAUCUGAUAUCCAGGAAAAUCAUAGAGAUCUCUGGGCUUGAAGAAGAAAUAAAAGAGAAGAGCUGA